CCUGGAUCAUAACGGAGCUGCUGCCGCUCGCUGCCUCACCGCUGCUGCUUCUCUGAAGGUCGACUCAUCAUGGCGCUGGUGUCGGAGUUUCUGGGCCAACUGACGCUGUCGUACGGAGCGGAGGCGGAGGCCACAUUCCCCACCGUGGUGCCGGUCCAGGACUUCGAUCCACAAAAAGACGCCGCCAGGCUCGAGACAGCCAUCAAAACUAAAGGUGUGGACGAACAGACCAUCAUUGACGUCCUGACGAGACGCAGCUACGAGCAGCGACGACAAAUCGCCUUCGAGUACGAGCGACUCGCCAAGAAGGAUCUGAUCACGGCCCUGAAGGGGGCGCUGUCCGGCUCUCUGGAGGCUCUGAUGCUGGGUCUGAUGAAGAGCACCGCUCAGUACGACGCCUCCGAGCUUAAUACCUCCAUGAAGGGACUGGGGACAGACGAGGAGACGCUCAUCGAGAUCGUCUGCUCCAGAAGCAACGAAGAACUGAAGGAGAUCAAGAAGGUUUACAAAGAGAUGUUUAAGAAGGAGCUGGACAAAGACGUCGCAGGAGACACAUCAGGAGACUUCGCCAAACUGCUGCUGGCUCUGGUUCAGACAAAAAGAGACGAGCCGUCGAACGUGGUCGACUACGAGAAGAUUGACGAGGACGCCAGAUGUCUGUAUGAAGCCGGCGUGAAGAGGAAAGGCACUGAUGUGGCCUCCUGGAUCUCCAUCAUGGCUCAGAGGAGCGUCCCCCACCUGCAGAAAGUGUUCGAGAGGUAUAAGAGCUACAGCCCCUACGACAUGAAGGAGAGCAUCAGCAAGGAGGUGAAGGGAGAUCUGGAGAAGUCCUUCCUCACUCUGGUGCAGUGCUUCGAGAACAGGCAGCUGUACUUCGCCAACAGACUCAGUGAAGCCAUGAAGAGCAAAGGAGCGAAGGAGAAGCUGGUGACCCGGAUCAUCGUUUCUCGCUGUGAAGUCGACCUGAUGAAGAUCAGAACGGAGUUUAAGAGGCAGCACAAAAGAUCUCUGUACCAGACCAUCAUCGAACACACGAAAGGAGACUAUCAGAAGGCUCUGCUCAGCCUGUGUGGAGGAGACGACUGAGGCCUCCAUCGCUCUGCACUCAGUUUCCCAGAAUGCCGCUGGGCCUGACUUAUCAGCUGACUGCAUAUCUUCUUACAGUAUUAGAGCCUUUUUGUUUUUGCUCCCAUAUGGAACCGAUGAUGUCGCCUUCAUCAGUUUGAGAAAUAAAAAACUUUGAGCAGUU